AUGCCGCCCAAGCCGUCCGCCAAGGGAGCCAAGAAGGCCGGAAAGUCCCAGAAGGCCGCCCGCACCGGAGACAAGAAGAGGAGGAAGUCCCGCAAGGAGUCCUACUCGGUCUACAUCUACCGCGUCCUCAAGCAGGUCCACCCCGACACCGGCGUCUCCUCCAAGGCCAUGUCCAUCAUGAACUCGUUCGUCAACGACGUCUUCGAGCGCAUCGCCUCCGAGGCCUCCCGCCUGGCCCACUACAACAAGAGGAGCACCAUCUCGUCCCGCGAAAUCCAGACGGCCGUCCGCCUCAUCCUCCCCGGUGAGCUCGCCAAGCACGCCGUCUCCGAGGGCACCAAGGCCGUCACCAAGUACACCUCGUCCAAA